AUGAGGGUCCACUUAUAUCUUUUCAUCUUUAUGAUUCAUUUCAGUACAGGCUGUAUUGUUUCAGAUGUGCAGCAGACAAUAAUAAUAACAGGAUACACGGGUGGUUCAGUUGUGCUGCCCUGCUCCUGUGCUGACCCUCAGUCUACAGUCACAACAUUCACCUGGGAGUUUCAGUGGGGAAAUCACUGGAUUCAAGUAUUUCAAGAUGAGAAAUACAACGGCAGACGUGUGCUGUUUAAUGAACAUUCUCCAACAAAUCUGUCUCUCCUCAUUUCUGACCUCAGAAUGAAUGACCAGGCCUACUAUAAAUGUCUGACUAAACCAAAUAGUAUUAUUACAUAUGUUGAUUUAAAUGUUAAAGGGUGUGAUUUGGUUGAGCAUGGAAAGGUAUUUGAAUUGACUGUAUACUCAGGAGAGUCUGUGGUUCUGCCCUGUUUCUGCACUGAACUAUUGGCUAAACCUGAACAGAUGCAAUGGAAUUAUGUAAUUGAAAAUAAUUAUAAAGUAAUCUACCCAAAUGAACAGAGGGAGAAUUACAAGAACAGAGUCAAACUGUUAAAUCCAAACACUCCAGGAGAUCUUUCUCUACACAUAUCAGCACUGAGGACAGAGGACCGAGGGGAAUAUCAGUGUUUAGUGUCGCCUCAGAAAGUAGUCGGCUUCAGACUUACUGUACUACAACCUGAAGAUGUUUUCAUUCUGGGAGUGUUUUUCUCAGUGCUUCUACUGGCAUUACUGGUAUUUAUAUUAUGGAGAUGCAGAGGAGGCAGAAAUAAUAAAAAGGAGACCAGUGAUGGUGAAGAGCUAAAGAGAGAACAAGACAAUCAGGACGACGUGAUGUAUUCUUCUGUAGUCCAUGUUAAAACAGCAUCCAGAGCAGCUCACACACACAGUGACCCUUCAGAGCUCACAGAGUACGCUUCUGUCCACGUUAAGUGCUAAAAGAACUGAGUACUGCAGAGGGACUGAAACCACUGUUCACUUUUGAGUUUUCUGUAAUCUUAAUUUGAAAAGAAAACCUAUUCAUUGUUAGGAGGACUUUUUAUGUGACUUCAAAGCAUAUCAAGAUGAUUACAAAGCAGGACUAAACAACUGAGGGAGUUGUGUUGCCUGUUUCUAUUUUCAGAUGUAAGCACUGACACUAUGUGCAUGCACGUUCAAGUUAUCACACAAAGUGAGAAACCAUAUUGUGUUGGGUUUGGUGGUUUGAUGUUUUUUCCCUUUUUUUGUACUCCUAAUAUUUAAAGGAGUCGUUGACCUUUUUUUUUCUUAUAGGCUUGAUUGUGUUUAUGGGGAGCAGUCUAACGUAUUAAUACUUAGUUUUUAAAAAAAUGCAUUAUUUUUUCACAUAAUUUUCCUUUAUUCUACACAGCUCUGUCCCUUAUCCUAUAAACAUGCUGAAGAUUCCCUGCUUUUAUGAAGCCGCUCCCUCAGAAAUAAACAAUGGCUCAGAUUGGUCAGCUGGCCCAGUGUGUUGUGAUUGGCUAAACCACCAGUGCUCAGCGCAUGUGCUCCAGUCACAUCUCAA